UGUCAUACCCGUCUCCAUGGGUAUCCGACGCUGGGAUGUAUGAGCCGCUGCAUCUCUCUUUUGACGCCUACCCUAGCGUGGUCCCUCGAGUAAGGGUACGAGGUGUCAUGGCUCUCUUCCUGGCCGUCACCAUUCUCUGGGCCUUGAUUUGGCUAUUGUAUCGCGCAUGGCAAGUCUGUCAGACUCCAAACGAUGUCCUAGUGGAAAAACUCGGAUUGGACAUCCCUCCGCCACCAGAGGUUACACUUGAGGAGAUCACCGCCCGUGAGAUUCGCAUUGCUUGGAAACAACCCGAGUUUCACAACUCAAUCCACAAGCACAUCAUUCAGGUGAAUGGAUCAAAAGUGGGCGAAUCAAAACGAGCAGAAACCGCGGUGGAAAUCUUAAAUCUGGCACCGGGCAACAUAUAUCAUAUUUGCGUUCUUUCCGUUAGUGCAGCCAAUUUCCAGACGCCUAGUGCUAUUAUUCACGUGCGGACACAAUCUCUUCCUUUAUCCCAAGCUCAGCAAAAUGCGCCUGUUGGAGGUCCCACUAUUCGGGCGUCAGUCCCGCGAUCGACUGCCGGUCUCGCAGCUCCCUCGGCUCCCGUCAUGUCUCGCGAGCACAGUGGAGGGCAACUACCGACGAAACGAUCUUCAGCUGGUCGAAAGCAAUCUCCCGCCGCUGGCGGGCCGGAAUCCUCCCACGGCAACAUAGAAGACUUGCAGAAGAGUGCGACGAAUGGUGAUCGUGAUGAAACGCUCGAAAAACUUGCCGAUAGGUUAAAGUCAUUGCAGCAGGAAAACGAGAAUGUUGAAAAGCAAACCGCCGAUGAAGAAGAAGAGCACGUCGCGCUCUUGAAGGAGUUGGAGAAGCAGCGUGACGACUUGAGGAAGCGAGUAAAGGAAAAGGAUGAAGCUAGCGGCGACCUAAAGAAACACGUUUAUAAGUUGGAAAGCGUCAAUCGCACGGUGCAAAGCGAGAAAGCGAAGCGUGAGAGGCUUGUGCAACAGAAGGAGUCUGAGCGCAAGAAGCGCAAGGAUGACAUUGUGCGAUGGCGGGAACGGAUCUCACGAAUGACAGCCGAUGCUGCGCAGGCAAGGGAGGAGAAGGCACGUCUAGAAGAGGAUGGGAAGAAGCGUGCGGAUGAGGUCCGGGAAAAGAUCGCCAAAGAGCAGACAGAGAUGAAGGUCAUCGACGAUGAGAUACAGGAUAAGGGGGGUCGGAUCAAGAAGCUUGAAGAAGAGAGGCAGGGGCAUCAGGGUCCAGAUAGUGAAGACGGCAAAGAGUUGGAUCGAAUUGACAACGAGCGUGCUCGACAGUGGGAGAUUAAGCUAAGCAACCUACACGCUCGAUAUGCUACCCUGGUGAAUAUUCAUGCUCAGGCUCAACAACAAUAUCAAGAGGCCCAAGAGCGUCUGAAGUGGCUAACAACGCAAGGACCCGGGAGCACGGGGCCCUUUACUCUGCCUGCCCUAGACCUGGACCUAUCCAACACAGCGACCAUCCGCCCACGUCGUCAUCGCAGUUCUCUGACCAGCAAUGUUUCGUCCCCUAUGAAUUUCACGGCCAUGGAACCUUCGUUCUCGGGUGGUAUCAAUUACAACCCCCCUUCCACAAGCUCGCCUACCUUUGGACCCAGCUCCGCUUUCUUCAAUAUCAACAAUGGAAUGACCAUUCCAGGCUUGUCAAGUCAGGCCGCCGAUGCCAUUUCCGAACUCUCGUUUAGCAAUCCUCAAAUGAGCCCCCGGGCUGACGCGUUGCUUCCGUCCGACCUCCUUGGAGAUGAAGAGCCACCAGAGCUUCCCCGGCCAAUCGUGCGACCUGUAAUGUCCGAUGUUGAGCAGUCGAGUGGCCAACUUGAAGGUUUCCCACAAGGUCCGCCAUCGCCAGAGUCUUCCGAGAGCAGGCCUGGAAGUAUCUUUGCUAGUCCGCAUGAGAAUCAGAACCAGGAGCCUGACUCUCAGCCCAUACGCCUAGGAGAUGCCGCAGAGGCUCCGAAAAGUGCCUCGCGGCGACUCUCUGGUCUGUUCGGCUUCCAUCGUCUCGCGGUAAAACGCUCGCAGAUGAACCGCCUUUACUAG